AUGACCACGAACGCUUGCUAUUUCCUUCUGUUUUUCACGGCUUUUUCGGGUGCCGACGUGGCGCCACGUCAUCAGGACGUCGAUCACAUUGUGGACAUUGAAGUGGAUCAGACUCAGGUCAUUAUUAGCACUUCCAAAGAAGGUACGGCACUUUUUAUGCGAUUAUUCCACUUGAAAUCAUGUCUUACAGGUUCCGUGGAGCAUCUGAAAAUCCAUAUAGAGUUGGUGGAUAUUGAGGCGAACAAAAAAGUGAAUCCGGUGGAUUUGGCCGGACUUUGGCUCACGAUUACCAGAGGUUUUUUCAAAGUUUUUCGGGGGAAACAAUUCAAAGAAUUGCAUCUUUCAGGCCGUUAUACGAUUCCAUUUCUGCGUCCGGACACGUGGUACGGCGUGAGGUUCCGAAGUGAAAAUGUGAUAAACGGACGUACAAUAUCGCACGAGGACGAGCGUCUCAUCAAGACGAAACCGAGAGAAGAGGGCCACAAUAGUCUGGGAACGGCCAUCGGCGGCCUAAUUGGCACUUUUCCUGGGGUCGCGCCAGUUCAGGAACACUAUGCGACGGCGCCACACGGUGCACCGGCCGCCCCUCACUCGGCAAGCCAUGUGGAGCACAAAAAAGAGGAGGCGCACCUCGACGCGAUCGACGUCAAAAUGCACAGAAGUUUGGACGGCGUCGAGAACUUCGAAAGUCUGUACGUCACCGUGGCGUGGAAGAAUCGUCUGGAGGCGCGCAGCAAUUCGACGACGGGACUCGUCAAGUUGCGCGUCAUUUGUGACGCGUCCGAGACGAACGAGGAGAUUCGGCUGAGGGGCGACGAGGACGCGGCGACCGUCGAGAUUACGGCACUUUUCACACGAUGA